UCUAACUACGGUCAUUGUGUAGUUUGUUGGGACAACAAUUAUACUCACCCAACAUACCACCGAGGACAGGGCCGCGUGCGCGCGCGAACACAACUACGUGUCAUCGAGUGUCCUUCGUGCCGGCCCGACGGACGUCGUGCAUUGUUUCGCAUAAGGAGAACGCAGUGCACGUAUAGGGAAUAAAUAUUAUUCGUGAAGGUCGAUCGUUAGUUUUUGGAAUUUCUCACUGAAGCUAAGGUGAACUGUAUGAUAAGAGCCGUGUGAGGACACGAGGAUAGGAUCUCAGUGUUGCUAGGCAAAUUUUGUGAAUUGUUGUGUGUAAUAUUAAGGAAUAAGGACAAAGAGAAAAAGAUAGGGAUAACGACAGAGAUAGAGAUAGAGAAAGGGAGAAAGAGAAUCAAUCGAAAAGAACAGAGUGAAGGUGUCGCGUGAUCGAGAUUCUUCGAGGAAGAUCCUUCACCGUUACCGUGAUUCAGUGAGACGUGAGGAUUAAAGUGAAGGAAGUACGGGCGGAUAUAAGAUUAAGGGGUCACCGGAUUAUCAGCAGUCGUGGUACCGUGGCUUUCAUGAUUCCCGCUUGACGUCCCGACAGCAGCCCACCCCGGCACCGGUGAGCUCUAUGACCAUGCUCCAGUCGCAAAAGCUGUACACCGAGGCUGGUAGUCUCGGUGGUGCCAUGACCAGCGCCGCGAUGUCCAGCAUGGGCAGCAUGGCACCCACGUACAGCUCGAUAAAUUCGAUGGGCUGCGUGUCUAUGGGGAUGUCGAUGGGCGUUGGAGUUGGGCCGAGUUGCAGUCCUCAAGGAGCCGGUGGAUUCAAUAUGAGCACGAUGAGCUCGGCAAUGGGGAUGGCUUCGAUGGGUGGUGGUGGCAUGGGUGGUUAUGGAGGUACAUCGAUGGGCGGUGGUGGCGCCUGUAUGAGCGCCGUGGGUUAUGGCCCGCUAACGCCAGGCGGUGGUACCGCCGUAACCAGAGAUCCUUUGUCGUUAACCGAACCAGACUCUCCAAAUUCUGCCCUUCAACGUGCACGCACCGACAAAUCUUAUCGUCGAAGUUACACGCACGCAAAACCGCCUUACUCCUACAUUAGUUUGAUCACCAUGGCGAUACAAAACGCGCCGACCAAAAUGCUUACACUCUCGGAGAUUUACCAAUUUAUCAUGGAUCUAUUCCCGUUUUAUCGGCAGAACCAGCAACGAUGGCAAAACUCAAUAAGACAUUCGCUAAGUUUCAACGAUUGCUUCGUUAAAGUACCGCGAACACCCGACAAGCCGGGUAAAGGCUCCUUUUGGACGCUGCACCCGGAAAGCGGUAACAUGUUCGAAAACGGUUGUUAUUUGCGCCGUCAAAAGAGGUUCAAAGAUGAAAAGAAGGAAUUGACGAGGCAGAACAACAAACAUCAACAGCACCAACAGCAUCACUCGGGUGCUGCGGCCGCGGCUGCCGCCGCCGCCGCUGCUGCAGCCGCCGCCGCCGCUGGUCAUAAUAGUCCAAAUUCUCACGAUCUCGGUCACGGCGGUAAGAAGACACCCUCGUCCCUGCAUCAUGCUCCUCAGCAACAGGACGACAAAGACCUUCACUCUUUGGUCUCGACUCAUCAUCACCAUCACUCGGCCGGACUUCAUCAGCAUCAUGCUGCUCUGAAAAGUGAUACCACCGAUAUCGGUGGAUUGUUAGGACCAGAUCUCGGUACGGCACACGACGAACUAACCGCCAUGGUCAGUCGUACUCUUCAUCCUCACUUGCUAUCCGAUCCGGCGGCUCUUCAUCACGGCAUGGCAGGGAGCCUAAAACAAGAGCCACCUUAUACGGCUGCCAGUCAUCCAUUUAGCAUCACCAGGUUAUUACCAGGCGCAACGGCAGGUACAUCGCCUGGUGCCCAGGAUACGAAGCCGCCUGAGAUGAAGAUGUACGAACAGCUUCAUCAGAGUUACGCGAAUUUCGGCUCGCCUCAUCACCCUCACGCACAUUCCGCGCCGCCAAGUCAUCAUCAUCACAACGGAAUGCACGCUGGCUCGAAUACCGCCGGAGGACCCAUGCACAAUAUGAGCAAUCACCAUCAUCAAGAAUAUUACCAGAGUCCUUUGUACCAUCACGCGACCAGCGUGGCUACCAGCAGUGCGCCUCCUCCUCCGUCGGUCGCCACAGCGGCUCCAGGAUUGUGACAUCACGCUACUCACCCCUACGCCUUGGCCUGAGUCGCUGCCGUUGCGGCCUAUGCCGCUUCCGCCGCUUCCGUUGCCGGUGUUACCGUCGCAAAUUCGAAUCAUCAUCCUACGACGACGAUCGACGACGUUCUUCCUUCACCGCCACCGCCGCCGCCACCUCCACCACCGCCACCGCCGCCACCGCCACCGCCACCGCCGCCACCACCGCCUCCUCCACCACCAUCUCAGUCGUCCGCGUCUUCCUCUUCGUCCUCCUCUUCCUCUUCGGCUUCUCUCGUUCAACAUCAACAUCAUCAUCAACAACAUUAUCAACAACAACAACAACAUCAGCAACGCCGUCGACGUCGUUCCGACGAAACCUCUUCUUGGCAGGUCGUCGACGACGACGAGUACGACGAAUACGAGGAAGACGAAGAGGACGACGAGGAGGAAAAUAUUGCAUGAAAAGGAGACUCCGAUUCCAUCCAAGGUACGGUCAACCGGUAUUCGCCUUUUCAACUGGCACGAACGAAGAUCUCCGGACGUACAUAUGAACUCUGCUCGAUUUAAUAAUCUCGAAACCCCUUUUCUAUCGAAAAUCAGUUCUUUUUUUCUCUUCUUCUUCUUUUUUUUUUUGAGUUUUUUCUUCUUUGUUUUUCGUUUUCUUUUCUUUUUUUUCUCGUUCGACGAUGGGUAAUGAGCUUGAAAAACAUAUCGUUCGGCUGAAAUGUGUCGCGUAGAUCACGUAGGGCCUCCUCCCUCCACCACUUCCUUUUAUUCUUCUUUCUCCUUCAUUAUAAUUUUCCCUGUCCUUGCGAAAAAGUGGACAAGCCGUGGACUAUGAAAUUGUCUCGAGAGCUUCCUUCCCGUUUCCACAUUUUCUCACCGAAAACAGAAAGAUGACUCGAAGCCGUCCUCGUUCGAGUCGCGACGCGUGGGGUGUGUGAUUGUUGUUGGUGGUGGUAGUAGUGGUAGUGGUGGUGGUGCUGCUGCUGCUGCUGCUGCUGUUGUGGAAUUUUAAAGGCAUAAUUAAUUAACAUGGGUGCGUACGUCUAAUCGAUAAAUGUAUACAUUGCAAAUUGCAAUUAAAUGACGAAAAAAAAAAAACGAUGCGAAAGUGUCUCUCCGAUAUGCGACCGAUUAGCUUCGAACAUCGAUAUUCGAUAGAUUAUCUAUACAUAUAUCUCUGUAUUAGCCGCGCGUAAACGUGAAAACGUUAUUUAUGUUUUCACUCUUUGGAUAUUAUUGCGAGGACAAUAUUUUCGAUUCUAUAUUUACACGCGAGACGACGGCGAAAUAUGCUUUGACGCGAGCCUAAUAAUGAAUUUUAGCGGUUAGUCGAACGAAGAGAAGAGUAAUGAUAAUUUCAAACAAAAAAAAAAAAGGGAAAAAAUAAUAAAAAAGAGGCAAAAAGCGGAAGAAGGAACAAAAAAUAAAAUGAGAAAGAAGACGAAGCCGAAGUCGAAGUCGAAGAUGAAGGCGAAGACGAAGACGAAGACGAAAGAGAAGAAAAAAAAGGAAAAGAAGAAAAACGUUGUUGCCACUGCGAUUACAUUUAACCAAUAUGCAGACGAUGCUUUAUAGUUUUUGCGAUAGUUUUAUUUCGCGCACAAUCGUUCCUCGAGCCUCCGUCCACGAUCCUGUACUUACUUACGUAGCAUGGAGUGGUAUACAACGAUUCUCUGAUAGGCGCUAGAAUUAAAUAAAAAAUAAAAGAAAAAAAAAACAGAAAAAAUAAAUAAAAAAAGAAAAGAAAAGAAAAAAAAAAAGGAAAAAAAAAAGAAGCGUAGUAUCGUAGUGUGCUUUACUUUACAAACGAUCGAAUUAAUCGAUCGCGAUUCGUCUUCUUCGGCUCAUUUGUGAGACUCCUGCUUCCUUUUAAAAAUCGGAUUAAAUCUUUGACAUAGUUUAUUCUCUCUCUAUUUACAAUUAAUUUAUCUCGAUUUUCAAAUCACGAUUUGUCGAUGUGUCAACGUAUGCGAUAAUGUAGAAAUGCGCCACGUUGAGCAUACGACACGUACACUUUAUUGUUAGUAACAAAUCUUUUCGUUGAUGUAACGUUCGAACGAGAUGCGAUGUUCGAGAGUAUCGAUUUACGAUUGCUAUUAUCAAGCGACAGCAGCAGGUCUUUCGAAAUUAUUUUGAAAUCAGUCAUUUUACAUAUACAUGCAUGGGUAUAUAUACAAUACACACAUACAUAAAUACAUACAUACAUAUGUAUUAUCGUUUGUUGUGUAGAAAAGCACGCUCGCUUGUUUUCGGUCGUUGAUCUCGAUUUCGCGCGCAUCAUACUUAUCGCCAUCGGUCUCUAAUACUACUACUACUACUGUUACUACUACUACUACUACUACUACUACUACUACUACUGCAACUAUUACUACUACUACUACUACUACUACUACUACGCUACUACUACUACUUCUACUUCUAUUUCUACUACUACUGCAUAUUUUCAAUGUAUCGUGGAUGAUCGUACGGUAUACGUUAAAUCAACGGUUAUUGCUAUCGCUACGAGCGAUCAUUAAAUAGAAAUCAAUGGCGAUAAGAAGAAAAAGAAGAAGAAUAAUUUCGCUCGGGUUCAUUCGCACGAGGAUGGAUGCAUCUUCGAAACGAGUCAACGUACAUAAAUAGCUGUCGUAGAUAUCUCUCGAAGAGGCAUUAUCGUCGUAAAGAAAAUAAUAGAAAAGAAAUAUAAUGAAAUGAAAAGAAAUUAAAGGAAAUUAAAAGAAAAUAGAAGGAAAGAAAAUGAACGCGAGACGAUUUUAACGCGAGCAAUGUUACACACCUACAUAUGUAUGUAUAACAUUUUGGUGAGUUUAUCGAUCAUUACAUAAUCGUUCGGCCGUCGUUCAGAAGCCGUUAUCUUUUUAAGCGUGCUGGUAGACGUUAUAAAACGUACACGUUGGUACAACGAGAUCGUGAAUAUACGGUGUGUAUCGUCCAUACCAAAUAUAUAUUAUAAAUCAAAAUCGGUCGGAGACACGAAGCAACGGUAAAAUUAAUUGAUAGAAAUAAAAAAAAAAAAAAAAAGAAAACGAAACGAAACAAAACGAAACGAAACUAAAAGGGAAAGAAAAGAAGAAGCGUAUAAUUAUGAUAGAAUAGAUCGGAGAGAAUAGUUCGGGCUGCGGUGCUGUUAAAUAAUGACGAAGAAAAGUAGGGGGUUGGCGGUGAUGCCGGCACAGAGCGACAAAAAUGUGAUAAUCCGUGAAAAUAAAUAUAAAUUAGCGAACGUAUACUCGCGAUGGACGUACAUGUAAGUACGUCCGCUUGUGCGUCAUCACUCACGCGCACGUGUCCCAAAAAUUUGAAAAAGAUAAAAAAAGAAAAAAAGAAAAAAAGAAAAAGAUAACCAACAAAAUAUAAUAAUAAUAUAAAACGUUCUUCGAAUGUGACGGACGAUUAAUGACAAUGUUUUCGCCCUUGAACGUUUCAAGAAUUCUCUUGUGAAAGCGUCGCGCAGGAUACGUUCAGUGUUUUUUUGUAUGAUACAUGUAGAUAGCCGACAACGUGUAACGCGUAUAAUGUACAAUAUUAUAUGUUACAGAGAGGUAUAUAUAAUUAAAUGAAUAAAUAUAUAAAUAUAUAUAUAUAUAUAGAUAUAAAAAAUAAAUGGAAUCUUUAAUGAUACACAUUAUGUUAGGUGUAUACAUAUUAUAUAUAAAAAUGAAAGAGAGAGAGAGAGAGAGAGAGAGAGAAAGAGAGAGGGAGAGAAUGAGAAAGAAUGAAAGAGAAAAUGAAAGAAUGCAUGAAAGAGUGAGAAAGAGAACGGUGUUCACAAUGCACUGUAAUCGCGUAUUUCAAAAGUAGAUACAUACUGGAUUUCAUUCACCGCGCUAUGUUUUCUUUCUUAUCUUUGCUUACAUUCGCACAGAUCUGUUUGAAGAAAAUUCCUAACGAUCCUCCUUUGAUCGUCGGAAAUAAUAAAAAGGACACUUUUGAAAUACGCGCUUGGCACAUAUAAAAAUCUGUACAUAAUAAUGACUGGCGCAUCGCAAGAGAUCACACACAUCUUUAUUAUUAUUACUAUUUUUAUUAUUAUUAUUAUUAUUAUUACUAUUAUUAUUGUAAUUAUUAUUAUUAUUAUUAUUAUCAUUAUUCUUAUGAUUGCCACAAUAAUUACUAUUAUUACUAUUAUUAUAAGUAUCAUUGCAAUUAUAUAAUUUGAUUCUUUUCGUUUGAUAUAAUUUCGCGUCCUACUGUUUCGCAUAAUUAUCAUCAUCAUCAACGUCAUAAUCAUCAUCGUCAUCAUCACCAUCAUCAUGUGUCGUCGUUAUUAAAUCCGAGAGAAUUCGGCCGACGGAAGAAUCAAGGACGAAUCUUGUCGACAGAUCUCGAGUGGAGGCAUACGAAAUUGAAAAUCUCGAAAGAACGACGAAAUCUCAUACAUUCCACUAUGCUGUUUCACUUUUGCCUCCGCCUUCUUAUCAUCGCUUUAACGACAUUUCUUCCAUCGGCCGUAAUUCGUGCCACUCGAUAGAUUCUUUCAUCCCUUUCUUUUUUUUCUUUUGUCUCCUCUCAUCCCUUUCGUCGUUUCUUUUUUUUUCUAUCUUUUUUUCUUCUUUCAUUCCUUUCGUAAGUACAUCCACGAUAUUGCAUUACAGUUUCACACAUACGGCGAAUUCCCCGUACGUCACGCAAUCUUCGAACGUCGUUAGUCCGACAACGAGCGAUAAGGGUGUCAUUGAUAAAAAUGGCGAAGUGAGAAAAAGAAAGAAGGGAGGAAAGGAGAAAAAAAAAGAAAAAAGGGGAAAAAAAAGAAAAAGAAAGGAAAAAGUAUAAUAUUAUCGCGGUUAGAACGGAACGACGAGAAUCGAGGAUGUAAGUGUUUCAAUAAAGCAACGUAUUUCUAUGAAA